CACAUAUAGUCGCCCUCUCUAUCUCUCCGCCCGCGCGAACAGUAUGCCCUCCAUUUUCCGAGGAAUGCUAAACGCUAAACGCAUGUGCAGUGUCGCAUAACUACCGACAGUGCGUAGACUUGCAUCGCGUCUCGAUGUGCGCGCGCGUCUGAUGUCCAUGCCAGGGAUAUGCCACCCCCCGGCGGGUUUGAGGCCGUCAAGUACAAGCGGAAUCUGCCCAACCGAGGCCUCCCAGCAUGGGCUGUGAUGACGGGCAUCUCCAUCCUCUCGGCCUACGGCUGGUACCGAAUUGUUCAGGGUAACUGGGAAAUGAGGGAAAUCGUGCGAGAGAAGAGAUGGGGACGGAUUCACCUUGUCCCUCUGCUCAUGGCGGAAGCUGACCGUGACGCGUACCGACUCCAACAAGCGGCUCUUGCACGCGAGAAGGAGGCGAUGAAGGACGUGAAGGGAUGGGAGGCGGGGAAGAGUGUCUACAACAACACCAAGUACCAGCCGAACGAGAUUGUGAUCACGUAGAGCAGUCUUGUAGAAUAUUACGUUGCUUCGGGACUCCUGCUUCGAGUGAUGCAAUGCAGACUCAUGCUACGACUCCAUUUCGGGGCUGGUGCACUGUUGAAUCC